UACUGCAUCGCUGUAGACAUCAGUCAAGGCUGCAUAUGUCCCGUCCCGUCUGCAGCAGUCUGCCUCGGCACCUUGUCUGCCCGGCAUGCCCUUGGAUAUUACCGGCCCUCCUCUUGCGAGAAGUACUGUGGAAAUAUAGAAAUCACUAAACACUAACAGAGAACAUCGCAGUAGGUCCGAGCGUACCUGGAUUCUUGACACUUUUACGCUGCGUCUGUCUGAUCUAAAGGUUUUUUUGUGGGUCUAUAACGUUACUUUUUUUUUUUUUGUUGUCGUACCGACUUUUCCCAAAUCGACGUGUAUGGAUCUACCAUGGCUACGUUUGCAUGCAGGGUGCAGUUCUUAGAUGAUACUGAUCCAUUUAAUAGCACGAAUUUUCCGGAGCCGACCAGACCCCCACAAUUCCCAUUCAGAGAGGAUAUUCCGCUCAUCAAUCAGAUCGCUGGAGUUCACAGACUUCUGAAAGCCCCACACAAGCUCGAUGACUGUGCUUUACAGUUGUCUCAUAAUGGCAGUUAUCUGGACUUGGAGUCCACCUUGGCUGAGCAGAGAGAUGAACUUGAAGGAUUUCAGGAGGAUGGAGGGAGAGGAAAGAAACACAGUAUAAUUCUGAGAACACAGCUGUCUGUCAGAGUACAUGUCUGCAUUGAAAAGCUCUACAAUUCGACCGGACGUGAGCUGCGAAGAGCACUGUUCUCUCUCAAGCAGAUCUUUCAGGAUGAUAAAGAUUUGGUGCAUGAGUUUGUGAUAGCUGAAGGACUCACAUGUCUUAUUAAAGUGGGAGCUGAUGCUGACCAAAACUACCAGAACUACAUCCUCAGAGCUCUUGGGCAGAUCAUGCUGUAUGUGGAUGGAAUGAAUGGGCUUAUCGGACACAAUGAAGCUGUACAGUGGCUUUAUACACUGGUUGGAUCAAAGUUCCGGUUGGUUGUUAAAACUGCUCUGAAGCUGCUGCUGGUUUUUGUGGAAUACACUGAGUCCAAUGCACCUCUACUCAUCCAGGCUGUCAACACCGUGGACACCAAGCAAGGCUGUAAGCCCUGGUCCAAUGCCAUGGAGAUCCUAGAUGAGAAAGAUGGAAUGGACACUGAGCUGUUGGUUUAUGCCAUGACCCUUAUUAACAAGACAUUGGCUGGGCUUCCUGACCAGGACACGUUCUAUGAUGUGGUUGACAGUCUGGAGGAGCAGGGCAUGGAGGCCGUGGCCAAGAGACAUGUAAACAGGAAGGGCACAGAUUUGGACCUAGUGGAACAGUUCAAUAUCUAUGAGUCAACACUUCGUCAUGAAGAUGGUGAUGAUGAGACACAGCCUCCUCCAUCCGGACACAAAAGUCGGCGUCGGGCCAGCCUAGGGGACACUCCUGAGAGACGGGGUGUAGAACGUCGCCGCAGCCGAAGACACUCGCUCCAAAAUGGGAAAGGCCACACUUCUGCUCCUUCUUCCCCGUGCCACAGCCACACACCCAACAUCCUGCCCCUCAAUGGCCAGAGGGUUGACGAUAUCAGUGAAAGAGAUGAGGAAGAGGAGGAGAAGAAUGAGGAGCUUCAGAAAACAGAGCUCUAUAGACAGGCAUCCGAAAGCAAUGGCUACGCAGGUACGUAUCCUGGCAGGUCAUCUGGGGUGUCCAGUGCCCCCUCCACACCCUAUAACCGCUUCGGCCCCUCAGGAGGAACACCUGCAGACAGUAAGCCCGACAGGUCUACUCUUGGUGGAUUGUUAACCUCCUCCUACAGGCAGCACCAGGAGUCUCUCAAUGCUGAACGUGAGCGGAGGCGCCUGGAGAGAGAGGAGAGACUUCAGCGCAUUGAAAGAGAGGAGAGAAGCCGUUUCAAUCGGCAUUAUGAGGACAAGAGAGAAGAGGUCAGACAAGCUCGAGAAGAAAGAUAUAAGCAAUUGGAGCAGCUGGCAGCAGAGGAAAACAAAAGGGAACGGCCAAGAUCGACAACACGGGGGCGAACAGAAAUCACCCUCAGCCUGAGUUCACGAACCUCCAGCAGUUCAUUGUCUCGUUCUGCCACCCCUUUGACUGCCGAGGCUCAAGAGGAUAAAUGCUCUGUUCUAAAUCCAACACGAGGAACUGAGUCUGAGGCAAGCCGUCCAGUGCAGGCAGCAGUUGUGUGGCCUUUCUCAGAGCCUCCCUCUGCCUCAGUGCCUGUGCUGGUCUCGCCCUCCAAACCAGAGGAGGAGCAGAGACCGGUGGAAACGUCAGACAUCACACUCUCUCUGUCUCCAGCAAACUUUGAGCUAGUGAGACCUGAAACAGAGGAGAAAGCUGAGGAUGAUGAAGCUGAAGACUGUGAGGAAAUGGUGUUGAGUGGAAUGGAAGAUGAUAAGAAAGAAAAACCAGAAGGAAACUUUGAGGAAGAUACUAAUGGAACAGGUACAGAGGAGUGUGUGAGAGAGCAGAUGUUAGAGAGGGAUGUAGAGGAGAGUGCCAUCCUGAGUGAGAAGGAAAGGCAGAAUGAGGAGCUGAAUGAGAAAGAUAACUGCUCUGCCUCCAGCAUAUCCUCAGCCAGCAGCACUCUGGAGAGAGAAGAACGGGAGGAGAAACAUGUCAGUGACAAUGACUCAGGCCAGUGGGGAGACUGUAUGAAUACAGUGGAUGUGAACGGUCAGUGCAACAAAGUUCUUAACAGCAAACGCUUCAUGCUGGACAUGCUGUAUGCUCAAAACAAAAAUGGAGAGGAAGAUGAGAAAGAAAAGGAGAAUGAGAAUGAGAAAGGGUGUACAGUGCAGGACUCCUCUGUGACCAGCCUCGCUAGUCGCAUCUGCACUCUGGAGGCACGUCAGCAAGCUUGUGAGGACAACAUGACGAUAUUAGAAGUGAAUCAUCUGGAUAACCAAGGGAGCGUAAUGGCUGUGGCCGAGAAAUUUGGAGGUUUGGUUAAAGGACUGGUAUUGCCUCAUGAGGUGAAGCAUUCUGGGAAAGAAAAGCAGCAUUCAAAGGAAAAACCUCUGCCGGCUCCUUCACCAACAGCCCCUAAAAAGGAGUCAGACCACAUAUGGGACCAGCUAAUGGCCACACCACGGGAGCUACGCAUUAAAGAGCUGGACUUUACAGACUUGGGUGAGGAGGAUGAUGUGGACAUUUUGGAUGUCAGUAACGUGAUCGGGUCAAGUGACCUCACGCUACCUCCUCACCCGUCGCCCUUCUUUCCUAGCCUUCCGCCCCCGCCACCUUUAUUUGGAUGCCCUCCACCUCCCCCUAUCCCUUGCAUGAUGAUGCCCCCUCCACCACCUUUUUUGGCUUCAGUACCAUCACCACAUCUCGUAUCUCCUCAACUUAGUCGAGGAGAAUCCCCGCUCUUCCAGAAGAAGAAGAAGACCAUCCGGUUGUUUUGGAAUGAGGUCAGACCUAUAGACUGGCAGUACAGCAAUCACAAGAGAUGCAGGGAGUCACUGUGGUCCAAUCUUGAUCCGGUCAAACUGGACACAGCCAAGUUGGAAAACCUCUUUGAGACAAAGUCCAAGGAGCUGCCAGUUACAAAGAAAACAGCUGCAGAUGGGAAGCGUCAGGAGAUCAUCGUUCUGGAUUCCAAAAGAAGUAACGCCAUCAACAUUGGCCUGACAGUUCUGCCACCUCCUCGUACCAUCAAAACAGCCAUCCUCAACUUUGAUGAGUAUGCCUUGAGCAAAGAGGGCAUAGAGAAAAUCCUGACAAUGAUUCCUACGGAGGAGGAGACGCAGAAAAUUCAGGAGGCCCAGCUGGUGAACCCUGUCACUCCACUAGGCAGUGCAGAGCAGUUCCUCCUCAUUCUGUCCUCCAUCAGUGAACUGUCUGCCCGCUUGCAGCUCUGGGCCUUUAAGAUGGAUUAUGACACUCUAGAGAAGGAGGUAGCAGAGCCACUACAGGACCUGAAGGAGGGCAUGGACCAAUUAGAAAAGAAUAAGACCCUGCGCUACAUCCUUUCAACUCUGUUAGCUAUUGGCAACUUUCUCAAUGGGACCAAUGCUAAAGGCUUUGAGCUGAGUUAUCUAGAGAAAGUUCCUGAAGUGAAGGACACCGUUCAAAAGCAGUCUCUGCUGCAUCACGUCUGCUCCCUCGUCGUGGAGAAGUUUCCAGAGAGUUCAGACCUCUACUCUGAGAUUGGAGCCAUUACUCGCUCUGCUAAGGUUGACUUCGACCAGCUGCAGGAUAACCUAUGUCAGAUGGAACACCGCUGCAAAGCAUCCUGGGACCACCUGAAAAUAAUCGCCAAACAUGAAAUGAAACCAGCCCUUAAGCAGCGCAUGUCAGACUUCCUUAAAGACUGUGCAGAAAGAAUUAUCAUCCUUAAAAUUGUGCAUCGCCGCAUCAUAAACAGGUUUCACUCAUUCCUGCUGUUCCUGGGCCACCCGCCGUACGCGAUACGAGAGGUGAGCAUCCACCGCUUCAGUAAGAUUCUGAGUGAAUUUGCUCUUGAGUACCGCACCACCAGAGAGCGAGUGCUUCAGCAGAAACAGAAACGAGCCAAUCACCGCGAGAGGAACAAGACGCGGGGCAAAAUGAUCACAGAGAGUGGGAAGUUUGCAGGAACUCCUCUGGAGGGUCAGGAGUGUCAGCCGCAGGGUUUGGGCUACACGGAGGACGCAGCUGAACAUGAGCAGAUGACUGCUGUGCUUCGUACCAGCCUGCAGGGCGGCGAUAGUCCAUCCUCUGUCCUCCCCGGCCUCCGCACACGGACUCGAGCCACUCGAGGCCAUACAGCACUUUUGUCUGCUGCAAAUGAAGACACUUCUAAUUGCACAAAUGAUCCAGCGGAUGAGAUCAUGGAACGGAUUGUGAAAUCAGCCACUCAGGUCCCCAGUCAGCGCACACAGCCCCGCGAGAGGAGACGCUCCAGAGCCAACCGCAAAUCCUUGAGAAGAACACUGAAGAAUGGUCUUACGCCGGAGGAGGCGCAGGCGCUGGGGUUGGCCAGCAGCUCUGAGAUUCAAGUGUGAGACAGCAGCCGCUCAGGGUCUCUAAACACACAUGAGCUGGAGAAGGUCACU